UGAAGUUUGGAACCCGCAAAUUGGGCAUAGAAAAUCUCACUCUCAUUCUCAGUAUCUCAUACGUAAGAGUAAAUUAUCAAUCAGAGAUCAAAAAAAUUCUACUGGACUGGCUUGAUCUACACCAAGAGUCGUUUUCGUUUCAUUUCAAGAUUGACUGAUGGAUUCGUGAGUGGACGGAAGAACAUUCCAAUGAAUUCGCUGGUAAAAUAUCUUGAUUUUCCAUUCUCUACUUUUAUACUUCCACUUCCAGAUUGCUGCCAUGUUUCUUCUGCAAUUUGUAUGAAGCGAAAUCAUCACACUUCGAUCGGAGUAGCAAAAUCUUGUUUCGGAUUCCGUGGUGAAUUAUGUUCGGAUUCCGCUGCUGAGAAAUUUCCCCUCCGUUUUCCGUUCUGCUGUGUCGUGAAAUCUAGGAGAAAUGAACCUCCAUUGGCGUUUGUUUCUCUGCAUUCUUCCUUUGCUUCUUGCAUUUCCAGUCUCUGUUCUGGCAGCCGCCAUAUCUCUAGGUUCAUCUUUGAGAGUUUCCAAUCCCGACCAGGCGUGGUCUUCGUCUAACGCCACUUUCUCUCUUCGUUUCAUUCCCUCGAGUGUAUCCAGUUCCUCUCCUUCUUUCAUCGCCGGCAUUGUGUACUCUGGCGUCCGCCGGCGGUGUGCUACCGUGGACUCUUCUGGUGCUCUUCACUUCCAAUCCGACGGUAACCUUCGUCUCGUCGAUGGCUCCGGUGCCGUCGUUUGGGAAUCUAACACCACCGGCCGUGGCGUCGCCUCCGCUGUACUCGAGGAAUCCGGCAACCUCGUUCUUUUAAAUAGUAGGUCACAGCCCGUAUGGUCUUCCUUCGACUACCCGACCGACACGAUUGUUCCACCGCAAAAUUUCACGGUUGGGAUGGUCCUGCAAUCUGGCCAGUUUUCUUUUAAACUACUUCCUUUUGGAAAUAUAACUCUGAUUUGGAAUGGAGAUGGACCUGAUGUAGUUUAUUGGAAUCGCGGCUUAAAUACGUCGAUCAAUGGGACUUUGAAUUCUCCUAGUCUACAAUUAGAUCCUAUCGGGGAGUUGGCUGUUUUUGAUACCAAAAUACCAGACUCAUCAUUUGUGGCUUAUAGCAACGAUUAUGGAGAUAAUGCUGGGGCCAAUACGUUUAGAUAUCUGAAGUUGAAAAGUGAUGGAAGUUUAGAAAUUCACAGCGUCGUUAGAGGCAGUGGGUUCGAAAAAGUGGGAUGGAAAGCUGUUCCAGAUAAAUGUCAGAUAUUUGGAUUCUGUGGGGAACUUGGUAUUUGUAGUUAUAAUGAUACAAGUCCGAUCUGUGGUUGCCCAUCUGCAAAUUUUGAGCCAGUUGAUCCAAACGAUUGGAAGAAAGGGUGUAAGAGGAAGUUUGAUAUUGGAAACUGUUCCAGCGGAUUUACCAUGUUGGAGUUGACAAAUACAAAGCUCUUAACCUAUCCAAGGGAUGCAGCCAUGUACACCAUGCAGAUAGCAGGGUGUCAAUCAAAUUGUCGACAAAGUGUUACUUGUAAUGCCUCCACUGCACCAUCAGAUGGAAGUGGGUACUGUUAUUACAUACCAUCAGGUUUUAUUAGGGGAUAUCACAGUCCUUCACUGCCAAGCACUUCAUUUCUGAAGGUUUGUGGACCUGUGAUCCCCAACCUGGAAUCUCCUGCUGUUCCAAGGCUGAGUGAGUGUGGGAGUUUGAAGGCUUGGGUGUUGGCAGUUGUGGUUUUGGUCACCCUUUUUGCCAUGAUUGCCUUCGGGGUUGGUUUAUGGUUGUGGUGUUGCAGAACCAGCUCCAAUUUUGGAGGGAUGUCCACCCAGUAUACUCUUCUUGAGUAUGCUUCUGGUGCUCCGGUCCAGUUCUCGUAUAAGGAACUCCACCGUGUGACUGAGGGUUUCAAGGAAAAGCUUGGAGCCGGUGGAUUUGGAGCUGUUUACAAAGGUGUUCUUACUAAUAGGACAGCUGUUGCAGUGAAGCAACUCGAGGGAAUCGAGCAGGGAGAAAAGCAAUUUAGGAUGGAGGUAGCAACUAUAAGUAGUACGCACCAUUUGAAUCUGGUGAGAUUGAUUGGUUUCUGCUCGGAAGGACGCCAUAGGCUAUUAGUAUAUGAGCUCAUGAAAAAUGGCUCUCUUGAUGGUUUGCUUUUCAAUGCAGAAGACGGACACUCUGGGAAGCUCCUCAACUGGGAAGAUCGAUUCAAAAUUGCGGCUGGCACUGCUAAGGGGAUCACAUACCUUCAUGAGGAGUGCCGGGAUUGCAUCAUUCAUUGUGAUAUAAAGCCAGAGAACAUACUCUUGGAUGAGAAUUUGAAUGCUAAAGUCUCAGAUUUUGGCCUAGCAAAGCUCAUAAAUAUGAAAGACCGCAGAUACCGAACGCUGACUAGCGUGAGAGGGACGAGGGGAUAUUUGGCACCUGAAUGGCUUGCGAACCUGCCCCUGACUUCAAAAUCUGAUGCUUUCAGCUAUGGCAUGGUUCUGUUGGAGAUUGUAAGUGGAAGACGAAAUUUCGAAGUUUCUGCAGAAACAAAUAACAAGAGGUUCUCCUUGUGGGCUUAUGAAGAGUUUGAGAAGGGAAAUGUGAUGGAAAUCGUUGACAAAAGGCUUAUGGAUCAAGAGAUUGAUAUGGAGCAAGUGAGUAGGGUGGUUCAGGUGAGUUUUUGGUGCAUCCAGGAGCAACCAUCUCAUAGGCCAAUGAUGGGAAAAGUGGUGCAGAUGAUCGAAGGAGUCGUCGACGUCGAGAGGCCACCCACACCCAAAGUUACAUCCAUGGUGUCUGCAAGCGGAACAAGUACUUAUGUCAGUAGCAAUGUUAGUAAUUUCUCCACCCUGGCAGAUUCAACCGCUACACCGACAUCGUUCUCAUUGUCUCUUGCUGCUGCAGACUCGACUUAUGUUGGCAGGAAUCUCGAGAAAACGUCUUCAUCCCUUCUGCAUUCAAGGUACGACUAAGCUCUAGCUGCACAAAUCUUUGUGCAGAAGUUGAUCAAUUUUUAACUAAAAGUUGGUGCAAAAGUUCGGUAUCCAAGUGUGGAAGAUGAAAUUAUAGUAACUGUAAUAGAAGUAUUGUUUAUUAUUUGUAUGAUGAGUGAAGAAAUUGUUUUUAUUAGUUCUUGUCCCAUUGGAAACUGUAAUAGAAGUAAUUGUUUAUUAUUUGCUUGGAAAUGGUUACAAGCUUUGGAUAUUAUUUUUGCCCAUUUGGGAUACUUCAGAUGUGCAUCUACUUGGAAUAAAGUGACAAA